UCAUCUGUCACUUCGCCAUUAAAAAAGUGUGGUUAUGUGCGUGUUAUUGAACUGUAUCAAAUUUCGCCCCAAAUAAACCCACAAGUUGCGUUUUGGCCUUGCAAUGGAACUCUCGCCGCCGGUGAAGCCCCCUCGGGGCGUGAAACCGGUCAAGGAGACGAGCGGUCUUCUGAUGUCGGUGAUUCGCACCCUGUCAUCAAGCGAGACCAACGAACAGCGCGACAAAGAGAAAUCAAAAUUGGAGAGCGAGUACAAAAACUGUGAUAAAAAACUCGACGAAUUGGUGUCAAAACAUGAAGUGGAUUUGGCUAAAGUUAUGCAACAAUUCGCUUCAAUUUCCCAAAUCGUGAGCGACAAUCGGCUCAAAAUCGCCAAAGUGAAGGAGAAUUUGCAAGAUUGUAAAAGGAAGUUGCGUUGUCGCAGGGACGAGUUGCGGAAUUUGUGGCUUGAGGGGCUCGAGUACAAGUACAUGCUGCAACUGCUCGAGGAAAUUGAGAAAAUGAGUCAAGUGCCUGAUCGUUUAUCGAACUUUAUGUCCCACAAACAGUAUUUGCAUGCAACUGAGUUGCUUGUCGAAGCUGUCACUUUAGGGAAGAAUACUCUAGAAGGCGUGGAAAGUCUCAAAGAGCUCAGUCGCGAAUUGGAACAAAAGAAGGAGCAACUCCAUUUGCAACUUUUCACCGAAUUGAAAGAGCAUUUGUUUACAAGGCCAGCUCAGAGAAUUCUGGCUCUGAGGAGGCAGGAGUCGGGGCGUGAGAAUUUCAUGAUAAAUUCACCUUUGCAGAGGAGCACGGAAUUGAGAUUAUCGAGGAAUCGGAUGACAGUGAGGAGAAAUAUACUAGAAAGCGCUCAAAAACUUGACAAUUUUAACGUUGUUGAAGAUUUAACAACCACGAAUCCUGAAGAAAACUCUUAUCAUUUCAUUGUUAUCUUAAUUAAAUGUCUGGCUUUAUUGGAUAAACUUCCCUUCGCCGUGAAUAGGAUUAAGGAAGAAAUGCAAGUUUUUUUAUUAGGGAUCAUUCAACGCACCACUCAACACAUUAAAGACUUCGCUGGUUUGCAAACCGAAACUGAUUAUAAACACGCCUUGAAGGAGUUAGUUCAAACCUUGUUUGAGCAAUUUAAAGAAGUGGCAGAAGCACAAACGGUUUUUUUGCGUAAUAUUGAAGUACAUAACAGUCAAGUCAAUACUUACAACAUCCAGUUUUAUUGGACGCAAGUCCAAAAUGUUGUUGAAAUUCUCCUAAAUGAGUAUUUGGACGUUCAAAACACUUCAACUGAGUCUCAAGUGAUCAACAAUUCGGAUGUUAACGAUUUAUCCUCGUAUUUUGGCCGCCGAAAGCAACCCAUUAAAAAAAAAUCCCUGUUUAAAUUCGACAGUUCGUCCAGUGCCCUUACACUAAGCAGUAGUUUGAAGUCGACUAAAAAUGAUAAAAUUCUAGUUUGUAAGCCUCAUUCUAACAAUAUCUUGAUUGUUUUCAUUCCGUUCAUGUGUUUUAUUGAGGAUAUUGAGCAAGUAUUGGGCCAGAAUGGGCCGUGUCAAUUGCACCGUUUUAUAACCCAGUACGUGUCUGAAGUCUAUUUGAAACGAAAAUCGGAUGAAAUAAUCGAACAAAUCGAGACUGCGGUUCGGGCUACUGAUGCAUGGAAAGCUACAGUUCUUCUCGAUUGUACGGCUGAUUAUAAACCACUUUUGGUCAGUAGUGUCAGUGUUGAGCGUUGCAUACGGGAAUGGAAGGCCGUUUUGCAAGCCUUGCCGAUUUAUAGUGAACGAAUUGCUGUUUAUUCGUGUAAAGCCUUGAAAGAGUACAAAGAUACGUGUUUUGCCGCCUAUUCUGGCAUAGUACAGCCCCAUUCCGAGGAUAGGAGGAUCUGCAGCGCAGCCUGGUUGAAAGAUGAGGAUAUUAGCCGAUUUCUUAAAUCCCUGCCCAACUGGGUGAACCUCAAGGCCCAGCAGGAGUACCACGCCCGCAGCGAGCGCAUCCGACGCCCCCUUCGCCGCGACCAGCGCUCCGAAGAGGAGAGUCCCGAAGACGUCCGCAAACGCAACCGUCGCGAGGCCGAAAUCCUCGCUAGCAACUUGGGCGAAGGUGGCGUCACCUCCUCCGAAAUCCUCUCCGACAUGGCCCUUCUCAAAGAAUUGGCCCAAUUACAAGAAAGCAUGGAAUGGUUCUCGGUUAGAAUGUUCCAAUACACGAGCGAAUUCCGUCAAGAACCGACUGGACUGUCACCGUCUAAACCCGAUAAUGAUGUGGAGGGCAUAGCGCCGGUCUCGGGGGCUAUUCUCCAACAAUUGACAAGUCUAGCGCAGGAGUUUGACGAGUUGGCCAAUACCUGUCUUUUGUUGCUACAUCUGGAAGUGAGAGUGCAAUGUUUUCACUAUUUGUUGGCUCAAACGCACUUGAAUCGGGAGACUCAUGAGCCGGAUCCGAAGGUUUUGGAGUUGAGUCGCGUUUUGGCCAAUGUCGACGAGGCGGUUACCUCCAGUUUGCAUCCCAGGAAGUGUAAAUAUAUUUUCGAGGGUUUGGGCCACUUGAUUGCGAAGAUUUUGAUAAGUUCGGCGCAGUAUUUGCAAACGAUUGAUGAGGCUGGAAUUCAGCGAAUGUGUAGGAAUAUUUUCGCGUUGCAACAGACUCUCACUAAUAUCACAAUGACAAGAGAAUUGGCGUUGGAUCAUGCGAGGCAUUAUUUCGAGCUAUUUUUCUUAACUCCUGAGGAAAUUUUGAAUGGGAUUGUUGAGAAAGGUCCCGAAUUUUCCGAAUUGGAGUAUAUGAAUGCAUUCCAGUUGUUGAAUAGGAGUCAAGCGGAUCGUGACCUUGGAUCUGUCAAUGUUCAUUUGGAGAGACUGUCGGAUAUUUUGGGGGAAGUGGGGAUGACAGUUUAGUGAUUAAUAAAAAUUUAGUAGUAACAUGUUGUAAUUUAAGACAAUAAAUGAUUAAUCUU